AGGCUGGUCUGGAAUGCCUGGAAGGGGAGUGUCUAGGGAUCCUUGAAAAUGUUUGCAUUGGCUGUGGACGCAGCAGAGGGCUGCUUCAUGAUGGGAUGAGAUGCCAGUGCUGUUGAGAGAGCGUGCACCCGGCCAGGCUAAAAGGAAAGGCUUCAGUGUGUGUUCUCGGGAACAGAGCGCACGAGUGAUUUGCUAGAAGUUGAGAUGACACCAGACUGGAAAGAUUUCCAAACAAACUUUAACGGGCAAGAAGUUCCACACAGGAUUCUUUCCUUUUUCUCCUUCUGAUGAAGUAUACUCGACUGCAAACACUAGUAUAAACACACACACAAGUUUGUGAAUGAAAGCCCUUUGGAAAUGGUGUGAUAUGGGGAGGGGGUGACAGAGAGAGGAAGGGCAGGGGGAAGGUGGGUCGUUAGAGAACUGUAAGCCACAGCCUGGUGGGACCACCCGCCCUCAGUGGAGAGGUGGAGAGGGCUCCCGCAGGGCUGCGCGGGACCUCCUGGGCCUCUCUAGCUGCGAGUGUUAAUCAACUCUGGUGUUUUUUUUUUUCUCCUGUGAUUCCUCUCCCUUCAGGCUUACUGCUGCCCUGGGACCCCUCCCUUUCCCCUUCCCCAAAGAGCUGUUCUCCCCUGGCGUCAGUGGCACAGCCUGGGUGCCUAGGCACUGCCUGCACCGGGUCACCAGGGUUGGUCCCAGUCAGGAGACACGUGGAUCCCUGAAUUCUGUGGUCAGAGCGCGGGAGUGCAGCCUCUCCUGUUUGGAGUUCCUCAAUGUGCCCCACUUUCAAAUCUCUGCCUCUUUUUUCCCUACACACAUGCCAAGAAUCUUUUUAAUAUAAAUAAUAUCUCCAUAUGAAGUACUUGACCUCUAGUUUCUACCCUGAGUCCUUCAUGGAAAAGAAAGGGGCCAGUUUUCUUCUGAGUUGGGAGGGGAUAGAAUCUGUGCCUCCCCCUUUCCCGACUCUGUUGGAAAAUCUGCUCCUACCACCACGUUGUAGGAAGAUCCUGUAUUCUUGCUAACAGUGUCAGUGGAUGUGACAUGUUACCGACUUUUUUAAGAAUAGAGGCUUAAUGAUUCACUGCAGGUUAGUUCAUUUUAAUCCUAGACCAAAUCUCCCCUAAGCAAUGUGAAUGGCUUUAAAUUUUAUGCAAGUGCUUCUCAUUUUUAUUAUCAUAAAAUCUGCUCUAGGAAGAACUGAGUAAGCCUAAAUUCGCUUGUUUGGAAGCUGUUUGGAGGUUUGAAUUGUGCUCUGCCGGAUUUUUUCUUUCAGUGAACCAUUUGCACAUUUCAUUGCAUCUUAGCAGAAAAUACAAAUUCUUCAUUCACAGGGAGGGACGUGCUUGUAAGCUAGACAUUGAUUUAGAAUAAAGUUUACUAUUUAGGAAAGAUGUAAGAAGGGGCGUGUAAAAUCCCUGUAGAAUGUGUAAUUGAUGGCCCUUUAUCCAGUUCUUACCUUCCUGUUUGCUGUAUCGGAGAACAACUUCCCAUCUCCCCCUCUACUCUCAGUGCUUAGAAAAGAAAAAGAAAGACCCCCAGGUUAAGUCAGUUUAUGUACUAUUUUUAGCUUUUUUCCUAAGAAAGUGACAGAUUAUUUCGUUUCCAAAUAUUUCUAACGAUUUUCUGCUCAAGUGUAAGAUAAUGGAGCAAAGAGUUUGUAGGAAUGGCUAAGAGAAGGUGGGGGAUGGGGGAGGCGUUUUUGAUAAACGGUUUGUUGCUUACGGGAGGGGAACGGUAUUUUCUGCUGACUCUCCAGGCCGAGAUUUUUUUCCUUUCUUUUUUUCCUGUCUUUCUUGCCUUCUUUUCCUUCCUUCCUUCCUUCUUCCUUUUAUUUUAUUUUUAAGGCAGGUCUGAUUUGGACGAGUUUGUUUUGUCUCCCAGUAUUGAAGGCUUUUACUCUGGACUUGAAUCCUCGCCUUUGGUUUUUGUUCAGAGGAAAGCGCUUUCCUCCCCUCAGCGGGAUCGCUCUGUUUCUCAGUAAACAUGAAGAGGGGGUUUAGCACUUUUUAGUACAAGUAAGCCGAGUGACUCUAGAAGGAUAUAGAUUUGGAGAAUGCCUGCGCCGGUCCUAUUCUUUUUUUCUGGGGUUCCUGGAUUUUAGUCUUUUAAGUGGAUCCUCCCGUCGGAUUGCUAGAAUCCUUUGCUCAUUACACGCACAUAUUUUCAAUUAAAGGGGGGCACAGGGAGGGUCUCCAAAUGCACGCAUCCUUCCCAAGCGUGUCCCUCUUGCCUUUCUGCGGUUCCCUGGCCCUUCCGUCCCUGCUCCCCGUCCCGGCCCCGUUCCCUUUGCGCCUGCUGCGCUUGAACUUGUUUCUGGUGGAGCUGGAGGCGCGAGCUGCGGACCCUCGCGCAGAGAUUUGUUGGUGUUAACGCAUCUGACAUCAACUAUUCAGCUGGCCGCUAUGACCCCUCAGUUAAGCCUCCCUUUGACAUAGGUUUCGAAGGCAUCGGGGAGGUGGUAGCCCUAGGCCUCUCUGCUAGUGCCAGAUACACAGUUGGCCAAGCUGUGGCUUACAUGGCACCUGGUUCUUUUGCUGAGUACACACUUGUGCCUGCCAACAUUGCAACUCCGGUGCCCUCAGUGAAACCCGAGUAUCUUACCCUGCUGGUAAGUGGCACCACCGCAUACAUCAGCCUGAAAGAGCUUGCAGAACUGUCGGAAGGGAAAAAAGUUUUGGUGACAGCAGCAGCUGGGGGAACGGGCCAGUUUGCCGUGCAGCUUUCAAAGAAGGCAAAGUGCCAUGUGAUUGGAACGUGCUCUUCUGAUGAAAAGUCUGCUUUUCUGAAAUCUCUUGGCUGUGAUCGUCCCAUCAACUAUAAAACUGAACCCGUAGGUGCUGUCCUUAAGCAGGAGUACCCUGAAGGCAUCGAUGUGGUCUAUGAAUCUGUCGGGGGAGCCAUGUUUGACCUGGCUGUAGAUGCCCUGGCGACCAAAGGGCGCUUGAUAGUAAUAGGGUUUAUCUCUGGCUACCAAACGCCCACUGGCCUUUCGCCUGUGAAAGCAGGAACGUUGCCAGGCAAACUGCUCAGGAAAUCUGCUGGCAUCCAGGGCUUCUUCCUGAACCAUUACCUUUCUAAGUAUCAAGCAGCCAUGGGCCACUUGCUCAAGAUGUGUGUGAGUGGAGACCUGGUUUGUGAGGUAGACCUUGGAGAUCUGUCUCCAGAGGGCAGGUUUACUGGCCUGGAGUCCAUAUUCCGUGCUGUCAAUUACAUGUACAUGGGAAAAAACACUGGAAAAAUUGUAGUUGAAUUACCUCACUCUGUCAACAGUAAGCUGUAAAAACAGAACAAUGACAUAAAUCAAGGGGGAAAGAAAAUGGGUACUUUAUGUCUCAGAAUUACUCAAAUCAAUUUAUUUUUAGUUGGUAAUGGAUAUAAUAUUUCUUAAAACAAAAGUAAGGUGUUAAUGAAUAGGUUUCUCCUUCUCUUCCUCCUCCUCCUCCUCCUCCCUUGGGAGAAGAAAUGUGCUAAUAAAACUUCCCUCCAUGGCUAAGAGGCAAAACGUUUACAUUCAGUUCUUGAUCCACGGAUGGUCCCAUUCCAGAUUUUACUGUGCCAGGGAACUACAUUAAUUCCUGAUGCCAGAUCUGAUCGAGUCAGUGUGUCUUCAGCUUGAUGACAUUUUAAAAUCAGUUUUGAAAGUGGUUCCUGAAUUCCUUUUUGCUUUGGGAGAAUUUGGUCUUAUGCUAAUAAGCAGUUCAUGGGUGAGAAAUAUAGCAAAAGCCAGCCAUAUAUUUUCAGAAUCUGUGUCCUCAGGAAAUGGUCUUUUUUUUUUUCUAUAAAUCACUUUCCAACUAUCUAAAUGGAAAUUUGGGGGAAUUCCCUCCCAAAUUUGAUUUUGCUAUUAGAAGAAUGAUUCCAUGAACACAGAUGUGUUUUGAAGAAGUAUCACAUAAUGGCUUUUAUCUCCCAUCAACCUGGAAAGGCACAUGUGAAAUGGAAAUGUUCUCUUUCCUCUGAAGCAGCAAAUUAAUGUUGAAAACUUAAAUAGACAGAAAGUAGGUUUUGGAAAGGGAAACCACAGGCAUUAGGGGGACUUAAAAUUUAUAGAGGCACAGGAAAGAGAAGAGUAUGCACUCCAUUCACAGUGAGACUUUGCCACAACACAGUCCUGGGAGGAGGUGCUCUCGAGGCACACCACACCCAAAGGCCUCGGUGACCACGUGUUCCACUGCCCGAGGUACCGCGUGGUGUGUCCCAUCGCCCUGUGCACAGUAGGGACCUCAGUCAUCAGAAUACAUUCGCUUCUCCUUGGAGGCUUUCAAACUAAAAGCUACGUGUUACCUCUGAUUCUGGAAACAGAAUAGCAGCCACUGAUUCUGCAUUCCCAUUUCCCUGUUCCCACGUUCUGGUGGAAUGAGAUGCUCCUUGGCAUGGUAGCCUGGUGUCCCACACUCGCCCACCGACCGCACAGGGAAAGCUGCGAAACCUGCACCCUCCCUUCUGAAUCACGCCUGUGGCUCAUCUGCUUCCCUCUUAACCUUCAGUGCCCUGAAGACUGCUGCCGCUGUCACCGUUGCACUGACAUCCCACGGCGCCCUUCUAAUUGAAGGUGAAGCCCACCAGAUUAUUUUUCAAAGUCUUAGGUUUCGGUGUAUCUAACCUGUUCAAUAAAUAUGGACGCAAUUAAAGACACUCCAGGAAACUUAGGGACUGUAUUUUUCUUUCCUUCCAUCUGAGGAGCCAGGAAAUCCUACUGCUGAAUAGCUGUUAGUAUCUGUUUUACAAGAUUUACUCAUUUUCAGGUACCUAAUGUAGCUGCUAGCAUGCAUGCACAACAAUACAAUUUAUAUGGUAAAUGGAACCGAAUAAUGGCUUCACUGAAUGUUAUGGCUGCACUGAAGGGAAAUGUCACGGUAAAUAGCUGCCAAAUUAUGGAUCAUGCCGAAGUGUCACAACUGCACUAAAGACAAAUAGCACUAGAGGCUAUUGCCACUGUGACGCUUUUGAGUUAUGAAGAAGGGUAGCAGCCUGAUGCGAGGCUCUUUGUGUCCUCAUUAUAGCAAAGGGUUACUGGUGCAGGGGACUCGGAAAGCCUGUCCAGGGUGGUGCUUAGUUAUUCAUCUGUCCCUUUCAGACCUAACAGCCACAGCAACACGGGAAGAGACUUUGCCUGGCUUUUACAUUCGCAAACAAACAAAGGAGGGGCGGGAGCAGGUUUAUGAAUGUAACCCUGCGCAGGAAAUGACUGGUAAUGGAAAAAUGUUGUAAUAAAAUAAUCUAAUCGAAGAAUAUUAUUAAAUUUCACGUAGUAUAUGUCCGAAAGGCUUAGUUGCUUCUUAUGCAGAUAGAUGUGUGAAAUCUAAGCAAUAAUGUACUUUCUCCCUUUGUAAAGACUUGGGGAGUAAGGACAUUACCAACUAAAUUGCUUCUUCGAAACUGAA